UGCUUAUUUUAUUUAGCGGAAGUGUGGAGAGUAUCCGCGUCAGAGCUGCAUUGGGCUGAUAGGCCGUCGUUUUUCUCUCUCCAACAUCUUUGAUGCAGACUAUAAAAUGUGUCGUGGUAGGUGACGGUGCAGUCGGAAAGACCUGCUUGCUGAUCUCCUACACAACCAACAAGUUCCCUUCAGAAUAUGUGCCGACGGUUUUUGACAAUUAUGCAGUGACGGUGAUGAUUGGGGGGGAGCCCUACACACUCGGCCUAUUUGACACAGCAGGUCAGGAGGAUUAUGACCGGCUGCGUCCUCUCAGCUACCCACAGACGGAUGUGUUCCUCGUGUGUUUCUCCGUCAUCUCCCCAUCAUCUUUUGAAAACGUCAAAGAAAAGUGGGUUCCUGAGAUUUCUCACCACUGCCCACGCACACCCUUCCUGUUAGUGGGCACUCAGGUGGAUCUUCGGGAAGACAGCAACACGAUCGAGAAGCUGGCGAAGAACAAACAGCGCCCCCUAUAUCUUGAGAGCGGAGAGAAGCUUGCUCGCGAGCUAAAGGCUGUCAAAUACGUGGAGUGCUCUGCUCUGACACAGCGAGGACUUAAGAAUGUGUUUGACGAGGCCAUCCUGGCAGCACUGGAGCCUCCUGAGAUGAAAAACAAAAAGAGGUGUGUCCUGCUAUAGAUGAACAACGACAACGGGAGACGUACCGGAGUAAUAGGUGGGGUGAAUCAAAACAUGAGACAGAUCAAUGGCCAUGAUGAAAAAAAGGACCAACCAAAAGGGGAAGGGAGGUACAAUGCCAUUGAGACUUAUUCUAAAGCGCGUGUACAUUGAUUGUGCCUUCAAAAUAAACUUUAAAAGAGGCUGGGGGAGCAAAGGUUCAGCAUGUCACCCAUCUCCUUUUUGGAAAGCUUUUAGAAAUUGCAGUGUUCUCUAUAAAUAUCCAGGUGGGGCGGGCCCCCCCUGCCUGCCACUAUUUCUCCAUUUAUUUUCAAGACGGAUUAUUUUAUAUAGUUAAUAGUUUUACCUCCUCUGUUUUACUCAUUUUGGCCCAUUUGUUCUUUAACAUUCAGUGUUGUGAAAUAUAAAUGGGGAAACACUUAGCAUCUAGUCUUUCAGUGAACUUUGAUUCAUUCAUUUAAAGGGGCAACUUAAUGCUGAGUGUUACUCUAUUUGCGUUCCUUCCGGACUCUUUUGGAUUAAGUGAUGGAAGCACAAGAAAUGUAUUGUCAUUCCAAAAAAAGAUAGAUGUCUGUAAAGGUUGCUGACUUCUGGGGAGGCCAAGUGCAUUUUCACCAAUGUCCCCCUCUUCAGUUGAAUUAUGAAUAUCUAUUUUAUUGUCAUUUUAUGUAUAUUGUUUUAAUUUUGUGACUGUUUUGGGAAAAUGUUAACAGUUAUUCAUUUUUAAAUUUACCUUUUUAUUUUAUCAAGAUUUUUUUUUUUCAUUGCUAGUCUACCAAUUUGGAGCAAUUGAUAAUAUAACAAAUUAAGUUGUAAUUUUUUGAAUAUAUCUUAAUCUUGAUGCAGAUUGAGAUGCUAACCUUUGCUAGUAAUUUUCUGGGUGUUUGUAAUCACAGGAUAUUUUUAAUAAAACGGUUUAAUGACA